UGUUGGAUCAUGCGAUUCGUGGGCUGGCUCUGGUGACUGCAGCAGUCACAUUUGCGGGGAUUUUGUCCCUUAGUUUCCCAUCGCGACGAAGCAGGAGGCGACUGCAUCUGCCAUUCCCCGGUCCGCAGCGGGCCAGGGGCUCACCCACUCGCCGUAGCGGCGCUCUACGGCGCAAGGGGAGGUUGGACUUGGACACCGCGCGCUGUAUGGGACGCGUGCCGGGUACGGGCAGUGCGCGGCGCGUCACUCCUAGGCUGGGGCGUUGUGUGUGCGUGUGCACGCGUGUGACUCACGUAUUCAUCUGCUGCUACACGCUCACAUGCACUCACAGCGACUCCUGAGUCAUCCUAUAUUAUCAUCUCGCACCCACGCGUGUUCCUGCAGAUUUCAAAUUAUACUUGCGGACGAAUUCCAGAUUUAUCUGCAAUGUAACAAAUGUGUUCACUUCGAUUUUAACCGUAAUCAUUUUUUGGGGGGGCUUAAUUCGGUAACAAAUUGACAUUCGUAGCCUCUGCAACUGUGUGCAUUAUUGCUGCAGCGGGCAUAAUUUUCGGGGGAUUAUAUAUCAACGUUAGAAUGAUGCGUUAGCUCUUUGACCCGCGAGACUGAUGUCGGGACAUUAAUGACCAGAAAGCGUUAUUACGAGCUACCGUCCGUAGUGGAUGUACAGCAAAACGAGACAGACAGACAGAUAGAGACAUUUCUGGAUUAGAGUUGAUCAUCCUACAGAAGCUACCGUCCGUAGUGGAUGUACAGCAAACGAGACAGACAGAUAGAUAGAGACAUUUCUGGAUUAGAGUUGAUCAUCCUACAGAAGCUACCGUCCGUAGUGGAUGUACAGCAAACGAGACAGACAGAUAGAGACAUUGCUGGAUUAGAGUUUAUCGUCCUACAGAAGGAGGCUGUUUCCACGGCUGAGCUGCGAGCUGCGGGUCAGCACAGAUGGAUGUCCACAACGGAUUUCUCCACAAAUACGGGGGAUUCCUGGUGAAGCGCUGGCGGCAGCGUUUCGUGGCGGUGGAAGAAGACGGCUCGUUAUACAUCGCCAGGGGUCCCGGGGCCUGCCCGCGGGGCCCCAUCGCCCUCCCGAGCGCCUGCAGAGCAGUGGUGCCGGGCCUCGAGGUGGGCUCUCUGCCGCCACUCCCUACAGGGGCCCGUCCGGAGUGUUGCCUGGCCCUGCAAUUGCUGGGAGGCAAGCACGUGUUCCUGCUGGCGGGCGACGCGAGCGAGUUCAGCCGCUGGUUCGGUAUCCUGAUGCAAGCCAGGAAGGGCCUCCUGUGUCCACUGGACGGGCGACUCACGCCCUCUGCCUGGCCAGCCGACCCGGCCACUCGCGACAAACAACAGCGGCGCAGAGUCGCCGCCGCCGCCACCAGCAGCACCGCCGCCUCGCCCUCCUCCAUCUCCCCAGCGCUCGUCCGCCUCGUCUACGCUCCGCGCUACCCUCGUUCAUCGCCGCACGCCGCCGUCGCCGCAGCCGUAGCAGCCGCCACGCAACCCGCCAUUCCGCCGUGCUCCCACAGGCGACACGGCCGCCCCUGCGUGGACCUGGCUUUCUUAGUGGCCGUUGAAACGGUGGCCGGGCCCGCGUUGGGCCUCGUGGCCCCGGGGUCGGCUGCCUCCAUCGAAGGGGCAGCGCUGCGUGAGUGCGUACUGGGGGCGAUGGGCGGUGGCGGUGGUGGCAGUGGUAGCGGUGGAGGUGGAGGAGGAGGGGGAGAUUCUGCGCUCUACCACACCGGGGCGGAUGUGUUCCACUUUCACGCGCUCGCCGGGGACGCGUACGGAGGAGAUUUUGUGGAUUACGACGGCUUCGAGGGCGCGGAUUUCGGAGCGUUUUCGUUUUGAGGUGGCGUGGUGAAUGCGUAGAGGUGUCCUUUGUCCUCGGCAGCGGCCGUGUUAGUAAUACUAACAUUGAUAUUCACAGUUCAUGGGUGUUUUGUUACUAAAAUAGUGUUUCAUAGUAUUUAUAAUGUAGGUAGCAUUAUUACUCAAACUAGAUUCCUCGUCCCCUGUGCACUCAGACGCUGCUCUGUGCAGCUCAUUUAUGCUCGCUCCUUUCUACUCCCUCUUUCCCCUCCGCUCUCAUUG